AUGGCUUUGAGGAACCACAGUACCACCAUUGAGUUCACCCUCCUUGGGCUGUCCACUGACCCCCACAUCCAGCCUGUGCUAUUUGUGCUCUUCCUGGUAAUUUACCUCCUGACGCUGAUGGGGAACCUCAUGAUGCUUGUACUGAUCAGGACUGAUUUUCACCUCCACACACCCAUGUACUUUUUCUUGAGUAAUCUAUCAUUCCUGGAUCUUUGUUUAUCUACAGUCAUUGUGCCCAAGAUGCUGGAGAACCUGCUCUCUGAGACCAAAACCAUCUCAGUAGAGGGCUGCUUAGUUCAAGCCUUCUUUGUUUUUAUCACUGCAGGGACUGAGGGCUUUCUGCUUAUGGUAAUGGCCUAUGACCGCUAUGCUGCUAUCUGCAGUCCUCUGCUCUAUGGCCAGGUGAUGAGUAAACAGCUGUGUGUGCUUCUUGUGUGGGGAUCAUGGGGCUUGGGCUUUUUGAAUGCACUCAUCAAUAUCCUCUUAGCUGUGAACUUGGACUUCUGUGAGAACCAUACCAUUAGCCACUAUAGCUGUGAACUGCCCUCUCUCUUCCCUCUAUCCUGCUCAAACAUCUCUACCAACCUCAUAGUCCUGGUCUGCUCCACUCUGCUGCAUGGGCUUGGAACCUCCCUCCCAAUCUUCCUCUCUUAUGUUCACAUUGUAUCAACCAUCCUGAAAAUCAGGUCCACUUCAGGCAGAAGCAAGGCCUUCUCCACCUGCUCCUCCCACCUCACUGCAGUGAGCUUGUUCUAUGGCUCAGGUUUUCUACGCUAUCUCAUGCCAACCUCAGGCUCUUCCCUGGAGCUGAUCUUCUCUGUACAGUACAGUGUUGUCACUCCCAUGCUGAAUCCUCUCAUCUACAGCCUAAAUAACAAGGAGGUGAAAGCGUCUGUGAGAAGAACACAUAGAAAUUAUUUGUCAUGUGUCACAUAG